AUGAGGUCGGAUUCGAGUACCAGAAAAUCCGACGCCCUCUACGAGUUCCAUCAAGAACGAGGGCACAAAACCAAGGAUUACAUCGUCCUAAGGCAGGAAGUUGUAAACAUGUUGCGACAAAGACACCUCAAAGAGUUGCUAAAUGACAGGGGAAGGACCAACUUCGCCAGAGUACACGAACAACACCAAGGACCGCCAAAGCCACCCUCGCCAGCCUGUACCAUCCACAUGAUCAUCAGCGGCAUCGACGACUCCUUUAUCAACAAUGUGAAAUUCACCACAACCCACAAGCUCAAGCGAUCAAUCAUCCGCGAACGGUAUGACAGACUCGAGAAUAGUAUCAUCUUUGAUAAGUCAGACACCAACAGUUUGACCUUUCCUCAUAAUGAUGCCCUCGCUAUUACUUUACGAAUUUUAGAUACCGAUGUGAGAUGCACUAUAGUAGAUGACGGGAGCGGCGCGUGCAUUUUCCAUCCUCGAGUACUUGCACAAGUGAAACUCGAAGAUAAGAUAGUGCCGCAUUGUAUCACGCUAACUGGUUUUAACAAUGCAGUUGAGCGAACAUCUGGAGAAAUCACACUCCCCGUUCUGGCCGGUGGCGUCACUCCGGAAACCACAUUCCACAUCAUAGACCAAGACAUAAUGUAUAACGCCAAAGUAGGGCGACCAUGGAUACACACCAUGAGAGCCGUCCCUUCCAAUUUAUACCAGGUCUUCAAGUUCCCAACUCCGUGGGGAAUAUUUAGUAUACGAGGGGAACAACACACAUCCCGGGAAUGCUACCGCAUCGCCCUAGACAACUCGGCCACCCAACAAAAGAGGGACAAAAAAAAGAGGCAUAACAAUCAGCAGGGUUGA